UGUUUGAUUCUGGAUCGAACGACACACCCACUCUGUCGCCACAACCUUCAUUCCACAUUCGUCUUUCUGUUUACAAGUUGGAUUCCAUUAAGUGAAUUCCAAAACAGAAAUGAUGGGGCAGAUGGCACAUGCAAGGAGGACGGCUAGUAGGGGCGAGGAUAGAACAUGACUUUGUCAAAAGUCUCCCGCCAAAGUGGGACUGAAGAUUCUCUGUACCGGUGUAUGCUCCAUGGCCAGCGGUGGUAAAAACGCUACAGCAAAGGCAAGAUUCCACUCUUAUCACUGAUGUUGACCUGCUGGGGUAGUAUUCCGCCAUCCAAUGACAUGUCCGGGAUCAAAAUUCCUGUGGACGCUGAGACAUCGACGCUCAUCAAGGGAUUUCGAAGUUCUGUUGUGCAGUGUCAAGCAGUGCUUCGGUUCUCAGAAAACCAAAUGAUCGGCGAGUCUGACCUCAUGCAGACUCUGACUUGGACAUCCCCAGGAAGGUCCGUUGAGUGCCAAAGGUCUCUACUUUCAUCACUAUCAUUCCCUGCCCUAUUCCGUCCUCUCCUUUAUGUUGCACGCCGUCCUCUUGAGGCAUUCUGUACAAAACACGCGACGACGACGUGCCAGCAGACAAGGCGAUGGAUUGCACAAGGUCUUUACAGUGAUGGAGGAAGGUUGUUCAUUACGUUUGUUUGGCAUUGCAAAGGUAUGAGCGUAGAAGUACGUAGACGUACUAAAUCUAGAAAAGGAGGGAAAGAACUGAUUGGACGAAGAGCAGGACAUUGCGACCGGGAUGGCCGGGUUGCGAAGAAGGUAAGAAGUGUCCAGUUGGACUUUCAACGGACAUGUGGCACAAGGAGACAGAUACGGAGACCGCAGAGUGGUACACAUCAAUGCAGGCUUAGGGGAAUAGUAUGGUGAUGAUGUCGAAGGCAAUGUAGAUGAAGGAAGCACGUAUUUGGUCCGAAAUAAUAUCGUCGAGCGCUUAAUCAGUAGAAGACUCCCCUCCUGACUUGAAUCUUCAUCGAACGAAACGCCCACUCCAUCGCACCUUUUGUGUCGCAUUCGUGUUUCCGUGUACACGUCAAGUAUCAUCAAGUGAAUCCCGAAACCAUGUCGCAUCUACCUCUUACAAAGCACGAGAAUUCAGCGACAAUGCCUUACCGAAAGAUCAAAGUAAAGGACAGUAUCAUUCACAUCAUACACCUGCCCGGUGGAC